AUGGCUGACCUUCCCGACAGCGCCGUCGACGAGGGAGACGUCGGCGAGGAUGACGCCGCGCCGAUCAACGACAGCGCGCAGUGGCAGGCGACGGUCAAACGCGUGAGCCGCGCGGUCGUGGUCAUCAAGACGACCGGCGUGCGCUCCUUCGAUACGGAGUCCGCGGGAUCCGCCUACGCCACCGGCUUCGUCGUCGACGCCGCGCGGGGGCUGAUCCUCACCAACCGGCACGUCCUCCGACCGGGGCCCGUGGUCGCGGAGGCGGUGUUCCAGAACCGUGAGGAGGUACCCCUCCGCGCGCUGUACUGCGACCCGGUUCACGACUUCGCCUUCUUCCGCUUCGACCCAGAGCUCUUAAGGUUCCACGACAUCGCCGAGGUGCCCCUCGCGCCCGAGGCGGCGCAGGUCGGCCUGGAGGUUCGCGUGGUGGGCAACGACUCGGGCGAGAAGCUCUCGAUCCUGUCCGCCACGUUGGCCAGGCUGGACAGGGACGCACCCAAGUACUCGGGCAAGGGGUACAACGACUUCAACACCUUUUACCUUCAAGCCGCGUCCGGCACCAAGGGCGGGAGCAGCGGAUCACCGGUCAUCGACGCGAGGGGCCGAGCCGUCGGGCUCAACGCCGGGAGCAAGACGAAAGGAACGGCGGCGUAUUACCUGCCCCUGCACCGUGUUUUGAGGGCUUUGAACCUACUGAGGGACGCGGGUACGCUGCAGACGACGUUCGCGUACAAGGGUUUCGACGAGUGCCGCAGGCUGGGCCUCAGGGUGGACACGGAGGCUGCGCUGAGGGCGGCGCAGGGCGGCGCCGCGGAUGGGACGGGCGGGACGGGCGCGCUGGUGGUGGAGGAUACAACGCCCGGGGGACCGGGCGAGGGGGCGCUGGAAGUCGGGGACGUGCUCGUGAAAAUAAGGGGCGAAUUCGUGACCAACUUCGUGACGCUGGAGGCAACGCUCGACGAUAACGUGUGCACGACGCUGGAGGUUGUGGUGGAGCGCGGGGGCGAGGAGGUGGUUCUGCGAAUCACGCCCGGGAACUUGCACGACGUCACCCCGUCGCGGUUUCUCGAAGUUUGCGGCGGCGUCGUGCACGCGCUGAGCUACCAGCAGGCUAGGAACUUCCAGCUCCCGGUGGGUUCGGUGUACGUGGCGGAGCCCGGGUACGUGCUGGGAUUGGCGGGUCUGUCCAAGCACGCCAUCAUCACGUCCCUGAACAACGUCCCCACCCCAGACCUGGACGCGUUCGCUAACGCCUACGCCCGGCUCGAAGAGGGAUCGCGAGUGCGUCUGCAGUACUUUGUCCACGCGGAGCGGCACAGGACGAAGACGGGUCUGCUCCACUUCAACAGCCGGUGGUACCCGCCGCCGGCGUUUUACGAUCGGAGCUGGCGCACCGGCCGGUGGGAGCGGACCCUCCUGACGAUACCGGACAAAGGGACGAUCGAGCCAGACGCCAAGAAGCGCCGGAAAGCUUCCGGCGACUCGAGGGAGGGGGACGACAAGGAAGGGGACGACGACGACGACCCGGCCGAUGUACCCGUCGUGGACAUCGCCACCGUCGCGCUAGCCGACGGCGUGUACUCCCGAUCGUUCGAAGGUUCCGGCGCGGUGAUCCACCACGACCCGAACACCGGCCUCGGGCUCGUGGUGGUGGACCGGAACACGGUUCCCAUCGCGUCUUGCGACAUCCUCGUCUCCUUCGCCGCGUUUCCGUGCGAGAUUGGCGGCAAGGUGGAGUACCUCCACCCGACGCACAACUUCGCCGUCGUGUCAUACGACGCCGGGGCGCUCCCGAGGCGCGCGCGGGAAUCGAUCAGACCCAUCGCGUUCGCCCCUCCCGAUUCGGCCCUGCCAACCCGCGGCGACGAGGUGGUACUCGUGGGUCUGUCCGCGCAGCUGAGACCGAUGGCGCGGGUGUCGGCGGUGACGGAUGCCACGUCGGUGGCGGCGAUUCCAUCCGCCGACAUUCCCCGGUUUCGCGCCGUCAACGAGGAGGUCAUCACGCUGGACAUGGACUUUGGGUACAACUUCGGUGGAGUGUUGACCGACUUUGAGUCUCGCAUGGUGGCGCUGUGGGCGUCGUACGCCAAGCCCGUGAACGGGGAGGUUCGAGACAUGGUGCGUGGUUUACCGGUGGCGCCGGUCAUCGACGCCAGGGACGAGGUGCUCCGCUGGCGCGAAAAGGGCAAGAGGGGCGCGGGUUCCGUCCGGCUCCUGGACGCCGAAUUCGACGUGCUCCAGCUCGCAAAGGCGAGCGACCACGGCGUACCAAACGCGUGGGUCGAGCGAUUGAUGCGCGCGGACCCGGUUCGCAGGCAGGCGCUCACCGUCGCCAGCGUCGUCGCCGACACCGGCGCUUCAAAGGCGUUGAAAGGCGGCGACGUGGUGUUGGCCGCGGGGGGCGAACCCGUGGUGUCCUUUCGCGGCGUCGAGCGCGCGGUCCGGGUGUGUAAGACCGGCGCGCCGCUGCCCCUAAGGGUCCUGAGGAAGGGCGAGGUGGUGGACGUGACGUGCGAGCUGUCGGAGGAGUUGUGCGCGGGCACCGGUCGUCUGCUGCACUGGGCCGGGGCGCAGCUUCAGCCCACGCACAGGCCCGUCGCGGAGCUCGGGUUUCGGCCGACGGACCCGGCGACGGGCGCGCACCUGGACGUGUUCAUCAGCCGGUGGUACCACGGAUCCCCCGCGCAGAGGUACGGGCUGUACGCGCUCAAUUGGGUGGCGAGCGUCAACGGAACUCCGACGCCGACGCUGGACUCGUUCGUCGAGGCGACGAAGGCGCUGGAGGAUGGCGCGUUUGUUCGGCUCAAGCUCAUCGCCCUGAACGGUCGGCCCAAGGUGCUCACGGUGAAGCUGGACCUGCACUACUGGCCCACGUGGGAGCUGCGACGGACGACGGACGGGACGAACGAGUGGGAGAGGGUGCUGCUUUGA